AUUGUCAACAAAUCUGCAGCAGAGUUAGCUGCACUCUACAUGAGGAGCAGACAGAGUCGUGGUUUGAUCUUUGUUCCUUUUCUAUAUCAUGAUCGUAGUCGGAUUUAUGGCUUCAGCGUGAUUUUACUAGAAACUAGAAAACGAAAAACAAAAAUACCUGAAGUGAGUGGAGACUCAGACAGAGGACGAGUGUGGAGCUGGUGAGUGUUGAGGCUACAAACUUACAUUCUUUCAAACUAAGAGAGAAAAUCAAUAAAACAGGACAGGGGAGAGUUUUUAGAUUUCAGGAGAAGAGGUUAUAGAAGAGCAAAAACAUGACAUACCGACUGUUUGAGGGGAAGGAGCAUGCUUCCAUCUACCAGCAGUUUCGCUUCACUCCUCCAGAAGAGGUCAAGAACAUUAUUCUUCAGUACCUGGACAGAAAGGUUUGCUGUUAUUAAACAACCAUGAUAAAAACCGAAUAGUACAGGCUACUUGAUAAUUAUAAAAUCUGCUCAGUUCAACAUUGUGAGUGUAGAAUAUCUGCUCACGUCUUCAGAAGGGACAGCCACACAGUCUUGCAGUAGAUCUUGGAUGUGGGACUGGUCAAAACUCCCGCCUGAUCGCGCCACAUUUCCAGGAAGUGGUUGGCAUCGACAUCAGUGAGUGUCAGCUAGAGGAGGCCAGAGGUGUGCCGGGCUAUCCUAACAUCACAUACAGGUUGUAUUAAAAACUUCUCAAUGAUGAAGCAUUCAUUUUCAGAGUUCUUACUGUGAACUGUUCAUCAAACCUGCAGGGAGGGGACGGCAGAGGAGCUCCCUUUUCCUGACGGCUCGGUUGACCUGCUGACUGCAGCGUCUGCCGCUCACUGGUUUGAUGAGUCCAGGUUUCUGCCUGAGGCGAGUCGGGUUCUGAAACCAAGAGGAUGCCUGGCUUUACUGAGCUACAAUGACUAUGGCACCAGAUUUUACUACAAGGACUGUGGAGAGAAGCUCAUGAAAAUCUAUAAGGAGGUGGGUGUGGACUUAAAAACUUCAGCUUCAUGGAAAUCAGGUUGUAUGUAAGAAAGUAAAUAUAUUUUUUCUACCUUUCCCCCUUGAUAUUCAUUCUUCAUAUUUUCUAGCAAUCCAAACCCCUGUGUACAGAAUCCACAUUUUUAUGUAGAGUCAGUGAAAACCUCAAGCAGUCGCUCUAAAAUGUGAUUUCGUCCCAUUAUGCCUUCUCGUUUAUACGCUGUCAUUCUCAGGUGAAGCAGCUGCUCUUACCACACACCACCGCUCCUGUGGUUGCAUGUGAGGGAAAACUGGAAAAGCUCUACUCAGCCAUCCCUUUUCCAGACAAAGAAAGGUAACUUUCACACCUAUCACACUUUGUAUACCUCUAUUAGAUCAGGAUAUGUCUUUACUUCUCUACUGGUGCCAACUGAUUCUAUUUCAAAGCAGAUGUCAGGAUCCAACUUUUUUAUUUCCCCCUUAAAUAAACAAGAAAUUGUGAGUUCUUUGAUUUUGAAGACCACUAAAUGUUCUUUUUUUGUUUUGAAUAUCCAUUAACAUGCCAAUAUCAACAGGAUUGAGUGUAUUCCAGUGAACACACACGUCUCAGUGAGGAACCUGGUGGGUCUCAUCGAGUCCUUCUCCAUGUUCCAAAUUUACAAGAGUAAAGAUCCACGUUGUGCUCAAGACCUGCUGCUCAACACUCAGAAAAGGUCAGACACAGACUCAUAAACAUGAUAUCCAAUUAAGACCAAGUACAUAAUGUUUCAUAUGUUCAUUUAUCAAUUAACUAGUUAUUUGAGUUGUAAUUCGUGACAUUGUGUUACAGGUUUCUGGAGGAGAUGGGAGUCACGUCUCCUGACACUGAAGUAGAGGUGGAGCUGGAAUAUUUCUGUGUACUCGCAUCAAAACCACAAUAAAAGGACUUUUACGUCUUGGAAAAGUUGGAGUUUACUAUUUGUUUGUCUUUCUUUGUCUUGUACAAUGUAAGAGUGAAACUCCUUGACCCUCUGACUUUUGUCACUACUCAUAGACUGUACAUAGAACGGACGCCGUCUGCCUCCUCGCUAGGUGAAGCCACCGCGAGAACAGCACCCUCUGGUGAUGGACUGCAGUAUAGGUCAUAAAUUCCGCCUUCUCCAGCAAUCCCUAUGAAGCUGCUGACAAACUUUAGAAAUUUA